CUCUCGCCGGCCGGCCAAAUUGGAGGUUCAGAUAGCACUCGGCGGCGAUCGACGACGCAAGCAUUUCGGGAGCAGCAGCAGCAUGGCCAACAACAUGGAGAACAGGCUCAACCAGGCCAACGGCACGUUCGUCAACUUCGACUCGUACCGCCAGGAGUACACCACCCACUACAACGCCCUGCGGGACGCGGUGUACAGCGAGUGGAAGGCAGCGCGAGUUCUGGGCAAGCUGGUCAACGGAUACACACUUGGCGGUGGCUAUGGCGACAACCUUAAGGUAUCGAUGCCAGAUGAGUUCGAUUUGGUUAUUCACCUAACGUUUCCCGAGAAUGACAAGAUCAUUGCCACGGCUGAUCCUCGUAAGCCAGGCAACGUGAUUCUGGACAUGAGCAAGGUAAUGGCGACAAUCGCGAAUCAGGAGCACAACAAGCUGGUCUUCGAGCUCCUGCAGAAGAUCGUCAACUCCAAGAGGCAGCUGCUGGAGGACAAGCUGCAGAGCUGGUUGCAGGGAAUUAUGACCCAGGUCCUCAGCAAGAUGGGCAACCGGAUCGAAGUGGGCGGGGAGAUCUCGCCCCUUUGCUACAAAAAGUGCGGCCCCGCCCACACGAUCUUCGUGAAAGGGCGCUACAAGUACUCCGUGGACUUCGUUCCGGCCAUCAAGCUUUCGGCGGCUCAGGUCGUCUUGGCCCCGGAGCAGAAGAAAUACUUUGCAGGCACUCCCUACUGGGAUGCCAUUCCGAAGCCCAUGAAGCCAGCCCAAAACGAGAACGUAUCCUUCAGGGCCUCCUUCUACGAUGCGGAGCGCAGGCUGCUCCACGGCAAGAAUAACCUGAAGAACGCCAUCCGUCUGCUGAAGCAGCACCGCAACGUCAAAAACAAAGCGAAUCUUAAGAGCUACUACAUCAAGACGCUCUUCCUUUGGGAGGCGACUCGGCAGAGUCCCAGUUACUGGCAAAAACCCCUGACCGACAUUAUGAUUGAUAUGCUAAGCAAGCUGGGUGGAACCCUCAGCGUAACCCCGAAGAAGGGGAAGCUUCCCUUUUUCUGGGACCCCAAACUGGACAUGUUUGCCGAACUAACGGAUCCCCAGCGAGCGGAUAUGUUUAACUGCGUGAGGAAGACUGAGUAUACCUUUAAACGUGGCGAUGGAAAUCUCACCGGCGAUAUCGAGAACAAUGUGCAGAGAUCUUUCAGUAACGAGGAAAAUAAGCCUCCGAAUGGAAAUUGCCAAAAGGCCAGUUCCAAACCGAGCCAGAAGUGUAGUCCUGCGAAGCCCAAUGAGCCGAAGGGGACCAAAGGGGUGGCCACACCCAAUCCCAAGCCGAAUGAACCUACUCCAAGACCUGAGGCAUCAAAGAAGAAGCCAGUGGAGGCCCAGAGCGGAACCAAGCCAAAGGCCACGGUGGAACCGACUAGCGUCAAACCAAAUCCAAAACCAGUCAAAGGGGCAACUCCUCCGGCGGUGGCUGCUGACAAUAAGAAGCCCGUGGAGGCCCAGACCGGAGCCAAGCCAAAGACAAAGGUGGAACCGACUCCAGCCAAACCAAAUCCAAAACCGAAGGCGGCAACUCCUCCCGCUCAACCGAACCAAACCAAUCAAAAUCCCCCAAAUGGGAAUGGUGCAAAGCCCAAAACUAAUGGAAAUGGUGGCUCCAGUCCACAGCCACCGCUUCCAAGUGAGAAAAAGAUGAAUGAUGAAUCGAGUUGCAAAGUAAUGUAAUUUAGCAACUAUUAUGUUGGUCAUCGGGCAUUUGUGAGUUGAAAGAGUUUUUUAUUAACAGCAAAAUGAAAAUAAGUUUGAUCUUAACCGUUCGAUCUUAAGCCUAGUCCUUGCCUCCGAUGGCCGGGUGAUGUGGUCGUCGUUGUUAAGUCGCUUGUGCUCUUACAGCCCGCCGCCGGACCGGUCCACGCUGAUCUUCUGCUUCAGAUUGGCCGCCUCGUGCUUCUGCUCCUCCAGUUCCGCCAUGCGCGCAAACCGGGAGUAGGCCACGUCGCCCGUCUUGAUGGCCGACAUCAUCUGCAAUUUUAUAUAAUCGUUAGUGUUGUGCACGUAAAUCAUUUAUAGCCCCAGUCUAUAAUGUAAUCUAAAGUUCGUAUAUUGUGAAUUAAAUUUAGUGAUUUUGUCGCAAGCAAUGCGUUGUUACUUAAAGUUAAAGUACCGAUUGGUUAAAGUACAGUCAAGAUAUGGAACUUUGAGAUAAAAGACGUGUGACUGUCAUGAAUAGAUGUCCGAUUAAGAUACUAGAUUCAUUAGUGCUGAUUUCCUAAAUGAAUAAAAAUGAUACAUAUAA